AUGGCUGCCGAGGCUCUCUCCACGUGGCCCGGCAAUGGCAGUCGGGCUUCUUGCCCCGUGGAUUCCGCCUUCGCCCAGCGCUUCCUGCCCGCCGUGUACCUGACCGUGAUCCCCCUGGGGCUGCUGGGGAACGGGCUGGGGCUGUGGCACCUCUGCACGGGACCCCGCGAGGGUGCCCGCCAGCCCCUCAGCCUGCUGGUGGCCAACCUGGGGCUGGCUGACCUGCUCUAUGUCAGCACUCUGCCCUUCCUCGUCAGCUACUACCAGCAAGGCAGAAAGUGGAUCUUCGGGCAGGUUUGGUGCCGCCUCACCCGCGGCUUCUUCCAUCUCAACCUCUACGCCAGCAUCGGCUUCCUCACCUGCAUCAGCAUCCAUCGCUACCUGGGCAUCGUGCAUCCGCUGAAGGCACGGGGCAGGUGCCAGGGUGCAGCCUCUUCGGUGUGGCUCAGCAUCACGGUCUGGGUGUGGGUCAUUGCACAGAUAGCUCCUGAUCUUGCCUUCAGCAAGACAAAUGCCGUGGGGACGCAGUGCCAUGACACGACAGGACAGGAGCACCUGGGCACUUACUUGCCCUACACCUUUGCUGUCACCGUGACUGGGUUUGUCAUCCCGUUCCUCAUCAUCAUCGGGUGCUACUGCCACGUGGUGUUUGUGCUCUGCAGGAAUGACAGCGUGGACCCCAGCCUCAGGAGGAGAAGCAUCGCACUGGUGGUUCUCGUCAUGGUUCUCUUUUCCGUCUGCUUUCUCCCCUACCACAUCUUCAGAAACCUCAACUUGUUUUUUCGCUGGCGACCGCAAGGGUCCUGCACACAGGCUUCAAAGGUCUACAUUUCCUACCAGGUGACUCGGGGCCUGGCCAGCCUCAACAGCGCUCUCAACCCCCUGCUCUAUGUGGUUACCAGCAAAGACUGGAGGUCACGAGUGAGGACCGUCCACCAGAGCGCCAGGCAGUGUCUGAGGUCAUUCUUCGGGAGCAAAACCUCUUGCCAGGCAGCUGAGAAGAGAGACAUCAUUCAUUGUAAGGGAGAGGCUUCUAACGAGCUCUGACACCUGACACCCCUGCUUCUGCAGCAUCAGCUUGUGCUUGGCCCCUCCCUGGGGGCAGCCCCUCACCUUGACACCUGCUUUGCAGAGAUGGUGACAGCAGCGUCACGGGCUCCGUGCACACAAGGGACAGGCAGGACUGUCAGCACCGAAGAGAAAACUGGGACCAGAUUUUAAAAGCAAAACUACUCAACCCAACCAUUUUGCCUGCAGCACGCCUGGAGAUGGUAAGAGAUGAUCACGUUUGCUCCUGUACAAAGUAUUUCCUUCCUGCCUUUCAAGCAGCAGUCUGAGCUGGUUAACAUCCCCUCAAUGCCCAAAUCCUCUGUGACUGAGGGAUGGAUGGGAGGGAAUGACACCUUGUCCCUUCACUGCAUCCUCUCUACUCUACUGUGCAUGGCUUUGAGACAGGAUUCCCUCUUUCAUCUAAGGAGAGGUCUUGCGUUGCAGAACAGCUGAGAGGGCAAAUUUUUGCAGCAGGGGAAGAGCCUUGGAAGUGGAAAUAUUAAUUUUAAAAUCAAGUUUUAAGUACAUUACUAAGUUGUUCCAGUUCUGGGGUGACUGAGCUGUUUCAGGAUCUGUGGGAUCCUCUACUGCCCACAUCCUUUGCAGAAGAAAAAGAACAUUUUUGCCAUUACUCCCUCUCUUUUGGAAGAGCACACAGCCGAACUAACAAAUGGGCAUUUAUAGGUUUUGGAAGCUAUUGGUUGGGGUUUAUUUUGGAAGGUAAAUGACUGCAGUACCCUGAGCUCCUGCUUUCAGUAGGAAAAUGCCAAGAGAGUUUACAAAUCUUCAGGUGAGUGCUUGCAUCUUGCAUCCAGCUUUGCAAGAGCAUUAGAUGUGACUUAUAAAAAUUAGAUGUGCAAAUAAAAAGAGAAGCAGCACUGGUGUGAAGGCUUGUGAAGGCAGAGUGUGAUGGCAAGGGCAGAUAUCUGUCAUCACCAGGGGUUGCAGGUCUCUUUGAGGUGAGCAGAGGCUCCCAAGCAGCAUUUUGGUUUUUAAUAGUGGUGUUACCCACUACAAUAGCUUGAACAAUUCAAUAAUGUGAUUUGCAGCAGGCAGCUUUUGGAGCCCAGCUGAAGGAAGUGGACUGAGAAUUAAAAUCAGCCCUUUCUGGGAAAGCACUGACCCAUGGACGGAUGUCGUGCUCUUUUCCUGACAUUUAUCUCUGUCACUGCUCCUCACAUGGACCCACCUUAGCUGGGCAGUGGAGGGAGCACAGCUGGCUUUCCGUGCAGUUUAUAUGUCUACAGUGCAAAUAAACACCUCGUGCUUUCAGUUGUGAGUCGUCUGGCUUCUUUUAAAGCUUUAUGGGAAGCUGGGAACCAUCUGGCCUGAGGGUUGGAGCAAGGGCCUGCCUGCUC